CUACAGUCUGUUCAGUAAGGAUAGGUCCCCGACGCAGACUUACCAAAAUGAAGCUGUUGGUGUUCAUUAUUCUGACAAUUACAGGCAUUUCAGUGUUCGCCAUGGACCGUAUGGGUGUUUGUCCGCAAUCCAGUGGGCUUGCUGGCAUCUGUAUAUUCGACCCCAACGUGAACUGCCUGGAGGACUCGGAAUGUGCGGCAGGAGAGAAGUGCUGCAGUGAAGGUUGUAACAAGGUUUGCAAGAGAGCCCUGGGGGUCCAAGAUCAUGCAGGGGCAUGUCCCGCGCCAUCUGGAUUGGUUGGUAUUUGUGUGUUUAUCCCGGGGUACAACUGCCUGUCGGACAGCGAGUGUAGGGCUGACCAGAAGUGCUGUAGUGAAGGCUGCGGGCGGGUUUGCAAAACAGCAAUUCGUUAGGGUCGACACAAAAAUUUGUAGUGGAUUUCUGAAGUUUGUUUGUUUCAAAGCUGAACAUCUGCUUCAAACACGAUAAUCUGUAAAACAAUGUUUAUAUAAUAACUAAUAAAACUUGUCCUCAAAGUGACAAAAGCCCAUAAA